AGGCUGUGAAGUCUCUCCGUGCUUAACGAUGGCAGAAGGGGACGAUUCAAUGAGGAAAAGGAACAGAGAUGAGAAUAAUAAGGAAACUUCCAAGGUCUCUGGUCGUGUCGCCUCUAUAAUCGCCGCCAAAAAGCGUAGAAAGUCCGGUAACCGCCUCAUCUGUCAGGGAAUGUGCUUUAGCCUUCCUACUAUUGAGGAUCCCUUUAAUGACAGGCAUGGGAAAUUGGAUACUAGAAGAAAAGAAACGAAGAAGCUUGUGCAUUCCCUAGCACAUGACACUAUGUCGGUUAAUGGGAACAGUGUUCUACAAAGUAAAGGGACCCCAGGUAGAAAUCAUAUGAAGAUGGAGCAUCAAGGACAGGAAAUGGUAAAGAUUAAGAAUUUGGAGAAUGAGCAGAUAAUAUCAGAUAUAUCAAUCGAUGAAGUGGACCAGAAAAUCACAAUAAAGCCAGCAAAAGGACACGACUUUGAAAAUUCGGGUUGUCCUUCGAGUUUUUUACUUCUGUGCUUGAAUUCGAUAAAAAAUGCUUUGUGGCACGAUGGGAUCUUCAGUGGUGAAGAGGAUAAGCCUUUGUUUGUUGACACAUGGGGAUUUGAGUUUUGGAAAUGCUAUUCAGCUGGAAAAGAUAUAUUAGAGACAAGUGGGUCUUGUUCUACCACGGAGCAAAUUGCUUGGAUGACUUCAACUGCUGCUGAUAGCAUUGCAAGUUUGGAGAAAGACGGUCUAUCAUUCAGCAGUCCCUUUCUUUUGUACCUUGUGCCAUCCAAGGAGAAAGCCAUUAAGGUACGCUCAGUGUGCAAGCCUCUGAAAGCUCUUGGAAUACAUGCAGUGAGUCUACAUUCUAGUUCUUCCUUGGAUCACCAAAUUCAUGGUCUAAAGAGUUGCGAGCCAGAGUUCAUCAUAUCAACACCUAAGAGACUUUUGGAACUUGUUUCCUUGAAGGCUAUCGACAUAUCUGGGGUUUCCGUACUGGUGGUUGAUGAUUUGGAAGCUUUUAUUGAAGGUGGUUACUUUGACAUUAUUCAGUCCAUUAAGCAAGCCGUCUCUGGAAAUCCCCAAACUAUAGUUUUCAGUAAUUGCUUGAAUUAUGCGUCCGUUCCACUUGUGCGCAAACUUCUGCGGGGAUCAAUCUGCAGAUUAGCACUUAAUGAUUUUAUUGCUAGUCAAAGUGCUUGUAUCAUCCAGUCUGUGCACAUGUGCGCCCCAGAAGAAAAACUAUCAAAGAGCAUGCAAAUUUUGGAUCAGGCUUGUGGCAAUAGACUUGGCACCAAGUUCUUUAAGGCGCUGUUUGUAGUUGGGAAGGAUAGCAAUUUUCAUAUGUCAGUUACUUCCAUCAAGUCAAAGGGUUACUCCAUCUCAACAAACUCAAUUUGGAGUAAUUCUGAAGUACAAAACAGUAAAUUGAGGUCUCCAGUCUCCGUGAUCAACGUGGAACACAUCAGUACCACCGAUUUAGCAGAAUUCGAAGUUGUAAUUAUCUAUGAUUUUGCACUCUCAAUUGACAAGUACAUCAAGAUCCUGACAAGGAUGGCUCGUCGGACUGUCAAUGGCGUGUUGUAUAGCUUUCUCACAAGAGAAGAUGCACUUGUUGCUGGACCAUUGAUUGAAAUCCUCGAAAAAUGUGGGCAGGCAGUGUCUGAACCCUUGAAAAUUUUAUGCCACUCUUCUUCUUCAUUAUUGGAACAUUGAAGUCCGAACUUGCUUUAUUGUUUUAUAUCUUCUGUUGUAGUCUUGUAUCAUCAUGAAAUUAAUAAUAGAUUGAUUUUUUUAUUCUUA